CUCAUCGAAAGGCACUUGAAAACCAAAUUGAUUCGAAUUUCAAUUGAUUAUAACAGCCUCAAAAGUACUCAAAAAUGAUGCAGAUCAGGUUCCUGUUCACCUUCUUCGCCCUGCUGAUGCUGGUCGUCCUGGGAGCCAAGGAAGCCGAUGCCGACUGCCUUUCCGGCAGAUACCGAGGACCGUGUGCCGUCUGGGACAAUGAGACCUGCAGGAGGGUUUGCCGCGAGGAGGGAAGAGGACGCGUCAGUGGACACUGCAGCUCCAGGCUGCAAUGCUGGUGCGAAGGAUGUUGAAUGCAAGAUCCGAUAUUAUUUCCCCGAAACUGGACAACUUCUAUGAGCGCUUCUCUGCAUGAAUACGUAUCAAGUAUCAAUCACAUAAUCCAAUUCCCUUAAUAAUCGCAAC